AUGUUCGAGGUCUUGGGGUUCGACGAAUGGCUUGCUCCAAUUGGCUGUGCCGCCCACAUUCUCAGCUUCGGCGAAUCCUCCUCUCCCAAGCUCGCCGAACUACUCGACCACUACCGGACAAUGGUCAUUCUCCCAACAUACCUGGCCCCGGACCAACGCAGGAAGAUUUACAAGCAAAAACUCAAGCAAAUUCUCCAGAAUGACCCCAUCACCAUGGAAAUCGACGGCGUGGUGCACAAGUUCCGGUACAGGAGCAAGGCGGGUGAUCUCCCCAGCAGCACUGCCACGGUCAAGGAGGCCUUGGAACUGAUCAGCACCCCGGCCGACUUGCACAACAUCCCGCCGCUUCUCGCAGGGGUCGUCCGGGCGGGACACAAAUUGCCGCUGUACUACUACAGCAUGUUCCUCCGGCGGGCCGCGGCGCACAACCAGCUCCAGCUGAUCAUGGACUGCAUCAAGACAGUCGACCGGACGGGCUUCAAGCUGAACCAUUCCGCCAUCAUCAACGAGCUGCUCGUAUACCUCCAGUGGCCGGCCAUCAAGAGCGGCUGGAACGAGGCCAAGACCAAGAACGCGCUGAAGCAGGUCCGGCUGAUUGUCAACAUCCUCGAGAGCGGCAAGAGCCACGAGCCCAAGGGCGAUAACGAGGGCGCGUUCCCCUACUACCGGGACCCGCAGGUCCUGGGCUCGCGGCUGCACAUGGCGGCGGCGCGGGCCGUGCACCUCAAGGAGGGCAAGGACGACGACGGCCUGGUGGCCAGGUUCGCGCAGGAGCUGGUGACUCUCUGGCCCGAGGACAAGGGGCUGCUGGACCUCCAGCCGGACGAGUCGUACCAGAAGGGCGGGCCCAUGCGCUACCUGCUCGACCGGAACGCGUACCUCUUCUUUGCGUCGCCCGUGCUGAACGGCUUGACGCUGGCCGCGCAGGUCGUCGACCCCGCCCUGGCCAUGCAGCUGCAGAACCGGGCCGACGCGGUGGAGGCCGAGCUCCAGACCGCGCUGGCUGCGGUCGAGGGACAGGAGGGCAGGGGUGUCUCUAUCUACAACUCGUUAUUCAACCCGGAGGCGGAAGCGGGGCAGGCGGCGGAGGGCGAGGAGGAGGCAUGA